AUGCCAAACUAUCGCCAGAAGAAUCGCAAUCGUAAUAAAAAUAAAAAUAAGAAUCGAAACAGACAACAGCAGCAGCCGCAACAACAACUGCAACUACAAGGAGAUCAACACUCGGAAGCAUCAUCUGGCACCAACAUUGCCGGCCACAACGACGUCACCCCUGCCCGCAUUUCGCCCGUAGCUGAUUCAUCACUACCGCAGACAAGUGUACCCCUUAGGAUUGUCCACAAAACUGGCGACAAUCCCAAAGAGACCGACAUCUCUGACGAAGUGUCUGCCGACCGCCUUUCAACUACUGAAGAACACAGCGUCAUUGCAUGUGACACAGUUCCACUCGAACCGGCAAAGACAACGUGCAACCAAAGCCCAUCGCCGCAAUGUAAAAGUAAAAGUGAUCGGAAUAUGGGUAAAGAAAAGUCAAAGCCUAUUAAAAAUCAGGAGGAUCGGACUCGGGAUACGCAUACACAGAACCCGUCGACACCACCAGUCACGCCCCGACAGCAGGCCAAGGUUAUCGUUCAUCGCGUUAUUUGCGAAGAUGUGAAUGGCGAUGACAAAACAGUGGUGGCAUUAAAAAGUGAAAGUAAACAAGGUGACAAAAACCCCGCUGCUGAGAGUGCCAUUGAAACAAACAGUGAAAGUAAAGGGGAACCGAAUGAAGUGACAAAGCACCAAGUAAAGGUGAUUGUGCACAAAAUCCAUUUGGAAGACAGUGACAACGACAAUGAAAAACGGACUAGUUUGGCCGCCCUAUCUCCGGUACACAUAGAAGAAGUGGGCGAUGAAUCCCUAACCGAUCUAGAGGAACUCCGAUCUCCGGUUGUCAGUGAAGUAGACUCUGCCGCGGAAUGUGAUGAUGGCGAUUCAUUGUCAGACUUAGAAGCAGUGGCCGCCAAAGCAACCCCAGCCUCACAACGCGAGAAACGUAAACAAAAACGCCUGGCAUUAGAAAGUCACUUCUUGCCCCAAAUGCUCAGCCCACGAUUUCUCGACAGCAUUUCCGAAGAGAACAGCGAUCUAAGUGAGUGUGGCGAUAAUCCCCUGUCUAGGUCGGCAUCCGCCGAAAGUGCAGUCAGCAAUACAAAUGACACACAUAAAUCACAAAAGCUCAAUGCCAAAUUCCCCAAAAGUUCCCUGGACUUCAGUAAACCCCACAAACCCACACUAACACUUAACACCCCAUCGAAUCGCAGUGCGAUACGCGAGGAACCCGCAGCCGUUGCCGUGGAAGCUCGCAUUCAGGAGGCCCCCGACGCCGACGAGAGCUGUACAACUUUAAGAAGUUUCCUAUCGCCCCAAUCUGAGUUGGCCGAAAUGGUCUUCAUUAACUCAGCCUCCAGCAGCAUGUCCGAUUUAAAUGACCUUGAUCAAAUUGAUCGUGUCUCCCUUCAUUCGACACAUUCGUCGAUAGCAUUCGAUCUGGAUACAGACGCUAAAGAUCUCAUAAACAAACCUGGCACCACAAACAACGAAUUGACAUCAUCACCGCCAACAGCAAUGGCAGCAGUAGAAGCGACGGCUGAGUCGCUCACGAACCUCACAAACAAUAACAGUCAGUUUGUAAACAACGAUUCUCGGAUAACGCCACCGUCGUCAUCACCUGUCAUUCAGCAACAGAAUAUAUCGAGUGGCGCACGAGCGUCGAGAGAUCAGCCAACAGCAUUGUCAGGUCUCUUCUCUUGCAGUUCCGGCCAGCAGAGACUCGCAGACAUCGACGAUGCUCUGCGCCUCUUGUCAGAUGCUCAGGCAAGACUGCUCGAAACUAGUUGCGAUUCGGUAAAUACAAGUAGUAGUGUUAGUAGUUUACGUGCGGAUAAAAUUGUGAAACAACCACAAGAGGUUCUAACGGAAAACGGUCAAAAUAUGAAUACGGUCCGCGACAUAAUUAAUUCGGACACCACGAAAACGGCAGAUACAAACGGUAAUAAUAAUGAUAACAUCAACAGAAACCUUAGCGCCCUGAAUGACGAUGUUUUAGUGAAUCGAUGUUGUCCUACUGACAGUCCAUCUAAACCAAUGCGAGCUUCACCGCCUCCUCCCCCAAUACCACCCCCACCGAAAUCCCUCGACCUCGAACAAGAUCCUUUACCACUACUCGUGCAAAAUGUCGAGAAUCACAAUGGUCGACAACCAGUUCCACCAGCACAAUUUGUAUCCAACCGAAGCUGUUAUCUCCAGUCCCUACCCACCCCAAACACAUCCUCACUGGCCCGCCAAGAGUCCUUGGAUUCACAUUGCUCCGACAGCACCACAUUCAGCCAAUGCACAGCCAUAAAUGUUGGACUAACCCAGAGCACAUCGUCUGAUCAAGCCUCCUCCUCAAUUUCAGAUCUCAAGUUCAAAACACUUGCAAGUGAAUAUCAAGAGCAGCCAGAUCCUGGUUCAGCAGAUCCCAAAAAACUUCGCCUGUUAUGCGCCGAAACUUUGGCUGCCCUUCCGUACGGUGGUGAAGUCUUGGAAGAGUUGGCGACUUUGGCCCAGCACAUUGGGGAAGUGAAGAGCAGCGAAAUGCCAUAUCCCCCACCGAAACUACCGCACAUAGAUGAUUUACGCCUGUCUCUGAACCAAAGCACUUCCAAUGCUCCUCGGCGGCCACCUUCUCCUAACAAACACCCGGACUCAUGGGUUGGGGUCCCCACGUCUUUCGAUCCCAAAGUUUUAGUCUGCUUGUCGCCUUCCCAACAGUCCUACAUUGAGAAGCAACAGCAGAUAUUCACAACAUCGAAAACUACAACAACCACUAGCAAAGAAUUGCAACAGCAUCCCGACCAGCUACUCGAUGCCCACCAGAAAUUCGUGGAGCGCCGCGGCUACCACGAAUUCACCAAGGAGCAGCUGAAUGCACUAGAGCAGGAGAAAUUGGCCGAACAGCAGUUACUUCAAACUGCAGCCAUGAUGAAGAAAUUACGUAAAAGUCUAACACCGCCCCCACCUCAAAUUCCACCGCCUCCAGUGCCUGCCAAGAGUAGUGAAACGGCCACAAAAGCACAGAAUCUAUCGAAACGAUCAAUAACGGCAACGUCCAGUAUGACCACAAAUACCAGCAAUGUUUGUACCAGUGACGUCACCACUGCCACCGCUGCUCCCCUAAUAGCAGAUAGAACAGCCAGCAGUACUCGCUGUGAGGAAGAAGAGAACAAGCAUCGUCUCUUAUCUAUAAUAAAAGAUACGAACGAAUCUCACCAAUCGCCUCUCAGCGAGCAACAACAGCAACAAAAGCCAACAUCAGAGACAACAACACAGCAGCCAUCAUCUUCAUCAUCGUUUGAAAAUAACUCAAGGCAAACAACAAGUAAUGACCAGCAACAACAUCAACAAUCGGCAACACCUCAGCAAUCGAAACCGUCCACGUUCAUCGUUCCAAUAACAUUAACUAACGGAUCUUCGGACAAGUCACACAAUUUUCCUCGGUCCUCUUCAGGUAAUAUGCAAAGUGUCGAAUCGAGUCUGGGUGAAAUGUUUCCCACGCUGGGGUCCUCCAACAUUUUCGACAAGGAGCACAAGCGUUUCUCGAACAUUGAGUCGUCCGCGAGUCAACCCAUGACGGAGGACGUGCAACCCAAACGCUACUCAAGCAUAGAAACGCAUUCUUUUGAAAGCCAGAAACGGAUUGAAAAUGGCCAGGUCGUCGUUGAUUAUAGCAAUUCAAAGCAUGACAAGCAGAGUUUCGGCGAUGAAGCCACACCGGCAGACAUCAAGGCCAAGUUCCCCACAACAGCACCGCUCUUGUCGGGAAGUUUUUCGAAUUUGCAACAGGCGAAACCAGAUGACCACGAAAUUAUGUCAGCUUUAAAAUUAAACAAUAAUUCUUCGGCAACAUUGAACAAUAGAAGUGCCUCGGCGUCGGCCACCGACACCACUACAGUGACACACAGCCACGAAAAUUCCACUCACAAUUGUCAGAGAGAUGAAGUGGAUUUCGUAAAGAAACAGCCAAACGAAGAGCAAGAAAAAGCAAAACAGAAACAUAUUGCUUCCGAACGAAUGACGGCGCUGCAAAGGGGCAUCGAAGAUUCUUAUGAGGAAUUUAGGCAACGUGCCAAGGAAGCUGCUGCCACCACCGCAACCUCCGCGCCCAACGCCACUGUACUACCCACAGCAGCACAAACAACCUCGGACGGCGUGAGUACGAAUGACCACGGCACUAUUUCGUCAUCGACCGCUUCGCCCAGCGCGAAUGCCAAACAAGUAUUCCAACAUGACCAUGAAAAACUAUUCAAAGAAUUCGAUGACCUAUCGAAACAACUUCAUAGGGAGCUGGAGACCAGUAAAACUCAAAGGGAACAAAAGGAACGCUCGGCUUCUCUCUUUGAUCUCAACCGUGUCCAGUUGCGACAUAAGGAACAAAUCGAAGAGUUCAAUAAGCUGCGCCACGAUCAUAUGUCCGAACUGGAAAAGGAAAUAGAACGAUCGAUGAAGUCGCGUCAGUUGCGAAUGAGCAGUGUCGACCGCAGUGGCUAUUGUUCGGACACAAGUAAUUCGCGCUCUUAUCAAAUUCCCAUACAGGUGGAGAACGGUUACAAUUACCAGGCAACGAAUCGGAAUAUGGCGACUGGAGCUCCACCAGUACCGCAACCACCAAUAACUUAUCAGAUCCCUAUACAGACCGACAAUAGCAGUGGCGACGACUCGCGAUUCCGCAGAGCCGAGUCAAUGUUCAACUUGAAUGAUGAGGGUCGCAAGACCCAUACCCAUAUCGUCAAUCAGCGGGCCACCGACGACGAUUGGUCUAAAUAUGCCAGCGACUUGGGAUCGUCGGAGAACAUUACGCGCCCCUUCGCUCGGGAGGUGGAAAUUUGCUAUCAGCGCCGACCGGGCGGCAUUAGGGCACCACGUUUGACAGCUUCAACCAGCGACUUAUCGUACAAUUCACACUCCUACGAUCAAUACAAUGCCUACAAUGUUCGAAGGUCUCACGCUCCGAUGCUAAAUAAAGCUCCACAGCAAAGUCGUCCCCACUACGGUAGCUGCUAUUCGAUGAUCGAGAGAGACCCCAACCCGAAGUACAUCAGCACUACAACGCGGCGCGGCACUUCUCCAGCCCCACAGCCAUCCGGAUUCCACCCCAUUGAGGUGAGUGUCAGCGAGGAGCAAAUGCGCCAGAGAAGGGCUUCCUUGCCGCGGGAAUUGCACGAACAACAGCUGAAGUACAUUGCCAGCAAGGAGGAAGAGUUGCGUAUGGAAUUUGAACGCCUGCAGAAGGAGCGCCAACGUCUAUUGGAAGAGGUUAACAGAGCACAAACCAUGCCAAUGCCACAACCAUCGCCGCGACAACAUCGCGAAUCUUAUCGCUGUGUUCCGAAAUUACCCACACUCACGGAGGAUGAGGUUUUCCGCCAGCAGAUGGCCGAAGAGUGGCUUAAUAAAGUGGCCGAACGUGAGAAGCGCCGCCUGCAGAACAUAAUCAAAAUAUCCAAGGUGCAUGAAGAAGAAUCGUCGGAACACAGAGCAGCGCAAAAGAAUUUGGGCGAUGAGUUCUUGAACCGGGUGAAGGAGAGACGGACAAAGUUGUCGAUGCCGGCCGACAGUGAUUGGGAGUCUGGUGCCGAAUCGCACCCCAACAACGCAGCCCAGUCCAGUGAAACGGAAGAUGUGCCACCGGUUAAAAUACUCGAGGGCAACCACGAGGCGAAUCUCCGCAGUUUGCCGCGACAUUUGCGUGAAUUCGCGAAAUUCUCGAACCAUCAACGUGACGAGAUCGAGGGCGGUCACCGCGAGCAACACCAAGAAGAGGAGCGUAUACAGGAGACGACUGACAACUCGAUUAGUAAGGCUUUCAAGCAAUCGACCAUGGUGAAGACCGUAAAAAGUGUGAGGGCUCCGAUGCUGCCUCCCGAAAACGGCGGUCACGGUGAGUCCAUACAUUCAUCAACUGAGACAAAUGUCCACAAAGCUUGCGCAAUCUCAUGUAACACCAACGCUAAUAACAAUACUCGUAACACUGACGACACUGAUACUCAAACAGAUUCAUUUAUUUCUCUUGGUGUUGGUAGCAUCCUGGGCUCCGCUGUGUUAAUAGGUUUGUCCGCAUGGACUGCUUGGAGGAGAUUCAAGGAAGCCGAAGAUGAUAUGCGCUGCUGUGAAGUCUCAACUACAUCCGAUCCACCAACAUUUGAUUCUCUCGCCAAUGCUCUUGCACCCGACACGGACCCAAGCCUGUGUCCUAACACCUUCGAAGAGAUGUUUGCCAAAUCUCCGUUCCACGGCCGCAUUUUAGAAGAGUUUGAUAAUUAUUGGCGCAACUUUCAAAAUGCAGGGAAUAUUUGAAAAUCAGAAAGCUCC